CGUCAGAUCACAAGCAAAAAAAAAAAAACACAUUAUAUUUGCCACCCAGACGCUGUACUCGUUUUAAAAAUCACACACAUAUUUUCAAAUCGUUCCGUUGGUCGUCUCUAGUGGGUGUUGACCGUCACUAUCAGAAGUGUUACACCGACAAAAAUGACAACCAUGCUCAUCACAGCACUGUUGAUGGUGACCGUCUUCGUGUCGUCGUCGUACUGCGAAGCCUACUCAUGCUGUCCUAAAUGUUCAACCGAAUCAAUUAACCAAUUCAAUUACCUUCAACUACAACAGAUUGUGUCUCAGCGAUCUGUCAUUGAAGAAAUUGAACAAGAUCCUCAACUCUUGUACAAUGCCACAUACCAGAGAUCAUUUGUGACACUCACCAAGCAGCAGAACCAGGAGAUCCUAAGAAACUUCCCUGAAAUAUUUAGGGAUCGGGAGUCAUUCCUAAACACUUCCUCGACAGUCGGGACAGUUAGCCAGUCACCUGCAGGCGAUGGAAGAACACGUCGAUCAGUGUCUCAGCUCGUAUGCCCGCCCAUAUUGGGAUCUCAACCUCUUAUUAUAGCGCGUAAACCAAACGGAGAUGUUGUUGAACUUGUGCAGAUGUCUGGGCAAGGAAUGAACCAGUGGAUUUUGGAAGAAACCUGCCAGUUCCCGAACGACCCUACUCUCACCCAUCUGAGAUGUUGUUUAGUUGAGCGCCAUGUGAUUGCACUCUUCAUUAAUUUAAGCCAACUAUCGCAGGGACUUUCUGCCAAUGACUUUGACUUUGCGGAUAUCGUCGUACAGUGCUGUGCAACAUUUAGAGACUAAAUCCGAAACUCAAGGAUUAACAAAACAUGUUCUUAAGCUAAUCCAAGCAGGAUUAACAAAACCUGUUCUCAACUAAUCUAAGCAGGAUUAACAACACAUUUAACAAUAAUUUGGGUAUUUUCUGUUCCAUUUCUUUAUACUGUAUUUUACAUUAUACACAAUAUAUACAAAAUACAAAUAAUAAUAUUAUACUCUUUUCUUCAAUAGUAAACAGCAGCUAAGCACAACAAAAUUAUGUUUUCUAGAAUAAGGUUACCAGCCCAAAAAAAAAUUGACAUGUUCCAUUUGUAACCGGUAUCCUACUUAUUUUUGCUAAGCAGAGCAAGAUAAUAAGCUGCUUAACCAUUCAAAGAGCUGCUUCAGCAGAAAAGUUUUCUUACGAAUUUUGUGCUUAGCAAAAAUUAGCAGAAUUCCAGCCAGAAAGGGUGCAUGUGACAUGGUGUUUUGUUGAGUAACUUUACUGUAGUAAGCAUAAUUUUGCUGUUUAAUUAAUAAGCAGCUCUAAGGGGCCCUGGUAUAAUUAUGGGCUUGUAAACUUGUUUGAGGGAAUGGAUUUUACAUACAGGGCUAGUCUGGCGCAACCCAGUUGGGCUGUUUUAGCUUUUUUGUAUGAAUUUUUCAUUUCCCUUUCUUUAGACGUUCUUUGUAAAAUACAGUAGAUUUUGUAAUUUUGUAUUCCAUUGUUGAAUGAAAGUUAAAGGCAGUGGACACUAUUGGUAAUUACUCAAAAUA